CGCUUCCUUCCUCUUUAGGCGGGUAAUUUGAACGUUUGCGGACACAAGCUUCCCGGUUGGCGCGAGCGUAAGUUGGCAGCCGCGGCGGAGACUGAACCGGAUCGUGGACAUGUCGGAGCGGCGAACGCGGUCCGGAGGGGCCGCCCAGCGGCCGGGUGAGCGGAGGGCGCGCGAGAGCUACGGAGUCAGGACUCCACUUACUAAGUCUUCUAAGAGGUCCCAGCGGAAAUCUGGCUCAGAUCUUCCAAACAUCCUUCCUGAAAUUUGGCCGAAGACACCUCAUGCGGCUCCGGUCAGAAAGCCAAUCGUCUUGAAGAAGAUCGUGGCUCACGCAGUAGAGGUCCCAUCUGUCCACACGCUUCGAAGGAGUCCUAGGAUCUCUUUUAUCUUGGAAAAAGAAAACAGCCCUCCUCUCAAGGUCCCUACUAAGGAAGACCUCUUCAAGACUUGCAGUGUCCCUGGUACCCCCACCAGCACCCCAGUGCUGUACGCUCAGAACGUUGACUCUAACUCCGGGGAGGGAGACCUGGACACCAGAGACUUGCAAAUGUCCCAGAAAGUCAGACGAUCAUACAGUCGGCUGGAGAGCCUCAGUUCUGCCUCAACCUCCACUCCUGGCCGCCGGUCCUUCUUUGGCUUUGAGGGACCUGAAGACUUGCCUGGAGUCUCACCUGUUGUGUGUUCAAAGUUAACUGAAGUCCCAAAAGUACCUGUGAAGCCCUGGGUUCCAGACACAACCCUUCCUGGUAUCUCUCCUCCAGUGGUGAAAGAGAAGCGAAAGAAGAAGGUGCCAGAGAUCCUGUCUCCCACAGGCAAAUUGAGUGCCCAUCCCAAGCAGGCCUUGAGAGCAACAAUGCAGCCUGCUAAGCCAGAGCCAGAGCCACAGCUAGAAGAAACUGGGGACUCCAGGGAGCCCAGCGUGGAGCCAUCUUCGGGGCCAAGGGUGGACCUGCAAUCGGAGCCCACUGUCACAUUCCUGUCCACACUCCUGAACACUCCUGAGCCCAAAGAUGCUGAAUCGGACACUGAGACACUGGAGAACCGGUUCCUGGGUCAGGAAGACUGGGGCCCUAAGCGGGCUUCAAGGGAGAUACAGAAUUUGCAGAGGGACUGCCAGAGGCUUCAGGAGGCGUUGAACGUUAACCAAAAGGACAACCUGGCCCUUGAAGAGAAGCUGCAAAACCUGGCUACCUCAGUGUACGAGGACCUGGAGGGAACUCUGCUCACUCUAAAGGACUCUAGACUCACCCAGGAGACAGCUGAAGGAAGCAGAGGACACCCAGGAGAAAGCAGAGGACACCCAAGAGGAAGCAGAGGUCACUCAGGAGGAAGCAGGGGUCACCAGGGAGGAAGCAGAGAACACCCAGGACACCUUGGCUCUUGAACAACUGAAGAGGGCUUCUGCCCAGCGCUUCUCCCGUGAACCUCCCAUAUCGUUGCCAGCAGCUACCCUGUUCCCAGAAGAUAGUGUUUCACAGGAACAGCAAUCAGCCCUGGCCAGCCCUAAAGGCAGAGAAUGGAUACUUCCUCAGGAGUCUGUUGUCAACCCCUCUCUAAGCCCCAGCAAUAAAGAUCCCCACUGAGUUGCAGAA